UUUUUUUUUUUUUUAUCUUUUUUUUUUUUUGCAGUUGACUCAAUGAUCAAAUUAUCUCCAGCUGGAAGAAGAUUAGCCACUAUUAUUGUUUCUGCUCCAUUUGUUGUAGUCACUUCUUGGAUUCUUUAUAAGCGAGUUGUCUUGGGAGAGAAACCUAGAGUGUCUGAUGGAAGUGCAGUUCGUCCCAUGGGUGUCAAAGAACGUGACGAAAGAGAUAACAAGAUUUUAUAAGUAAAAAAUAAAUAAACAAGAAAUUUAUUUAUUGGGCGUAUUGUUCUUCAUAAAAUUCUAUAUCGACUGUAAAAUCUUCCCUCGUUUCAGUACAUGAGUCGUCUUUGCAAGCAAUAUCAAGGUCACUCUUUUUAAAAUGAACGUUAUCAUGGUUCUUAAUAUGGACAAAUACAGGAUUUAGCCACAUACUAAACAAUUCCUUGUUUUUAUCCUACCACCCUAAAAUAAAUCAGCGAUCAAAAAUUGAAAAAUAUCGCAAACAAAUUAGAGCGGAAAUAACGAU